AUGGCCUCUCUCGCGCCGUAUCUGACGUGGCUGCUCUCCCAUGUAGGCUACGAGUGGAACCGCUCCUCGCCCCUGCGCUCCUCGCCCGACACGUCGUCGUCCAUGUACCCCGACCGGCCCAUCCGCCCGCUGCCCAGACGCUCUCUGCGCGACCGCCUGUCUCCCGAGCAGGCCGAGACCAUCGUGUAUCCGCACAACCCCCCGCCCGCCGGCCCGCUGUUCAACUUCCCCUACGCCGCCAACGAGCGCGGCAGCAGGUCGCUGCGCACGGGCGAGAACGACCACCAUGCCUGCCACUGCGGCCACACCCACUCCGAGGUAGAGAGCGACGACGACGACGACGAGCGCGGUGCAGCGCUGCCGCCCUCGCCCAGCUACCGCUACAGCCGCGGCCUGUCUGGCAAGCCGGGCGCGUACCCCAAGGCGGGCUCGACGGCCUCGUCGGUCGACGGCUACGAGUCGUUUGAGAACACCAACAACAAGAAGAAGCGCAAGAUCCCCAACAUGGGCAGUCUCAGCCCCCACCACACCGCCCUCGCGGCAGACGUAGCAGGCGCGGGCAUGGGCAUGGCGCACGCCCACGAGGCAGGCGCCCUGGACGACGCGGACGGGCCUGGGCGGUACUACAGCUCGGCUCCCUCGACGCCCCAGCACGCCAGCACCACGACCAGCACGAACGCCAACAUCAGCAGCAUCGCGGGGACGGGCAUCUCGGGCGCAGGCAGAGGCCGCUUCGGGCGCACGGCGUCGGGGCGCUCAGAGCGGCGGGUGCUGGCCAACUCGACCAGCCUCGCCAAUGCCAAAGCGAACAGCAAACGACUUCCCGAGCAGAGCGGCAUCAUCUCGACGGCCAUCGCCAACGCCCAAGCAACGCCCCCACCUCGCGGCAACGAGAACGUGAGCCUGCUGCAGCAGGAGGCGGCCAAGCACAGCGCGAACAAGACGCAGUUCACCUUCACCUGCGGCUCCGACUCGGCCAACAAGAUGGUGUGGCCCGGCCAGGAAAACAGCCCCUACCCUCAGCCGCCGGGCGCCUACCCAACCACGGCCGCACCUCCCCCGCCCCACAUGAACAACGGCAAGGCUGCCCGCCGCGCCCCCGCCCGCCCCGACGCCCCGAUGGUGUCGACCCAGGGCACCCAGACGAGCCCCACCAUGAACGGCGGCCACCCCGCGCCUGCAAACAGGAACCCGCCCCCGCACAAGCCCGGCCAGCCCCCGCAGCAGGCCCCGCCGCCGCGGAAGCCACGACGCAGCGCCUCCAAGCUGUACGCCUUUGCGGCCCGCAAGCGACGCCAGCAGCAGGAGUACACAAACUUCCACAACCCGCCCAGCCAGCCGUGGAUCUGCGAGUUCUGCGAGUACGAGGACAUCUUCGGCCAUCCGCCCGUGGCCUUGAUCCGCCAGUACGAGAUGAAAGACAGGAAGGAGCGGAAGCGCCUGGCGGAGAAGCGCCGUCUGCUGGAGAAGGCCAGGAUGAAGGGACGCAAGGGCAAGAAGGCGGGCAAGAAGUCUCAGAACAACGCCAACGCCGCUCAGCACAACCAAAACGCGCCGCCAGGUGGCUACGAUCGGCGCCCUGACGAUGGCUCGCUGGAUCCGCAGGACGAAGACUACUAUGACGAGGAUUACGAUGACGUUCCGCCCCAGCCUCCCACGCCCAUCACGCAUUGCAGCCAUGGGUGUCAGCAUCAUCCACAUCCCUCACACAAAAUGCAUAGCGUGCCUCCUGGCGAUCCUCGCGGGCCUGUCGCUACCGGCGCCUAA